UUGUCUUAGUUUAUAAGUGUUACCUCAUUAAGUUGUAGUAUCGUCUGUGGAAUCACAAUGAGUGGAACAUUGAAUGAUCUGACUGCUAAUCAAGCCGAUGCAUUGAAAGAGCUUAAAUCAAAACUGAAUGAUAUACAGAAACCAAUCCAUGAUGUACAUCAGCUGCUCCGCUUUCUACGAGCUCGGAAAUUUGACAUCAAGAAGACAGAAGCCAUAAUUCGCCAGGAUAUUGUGUGGCGAGCACAAAUGAAAGUUGACACUAUACACGAAUGGUAUAAGAUACCCGAGGUAUGUCUGAAAUACUGGCCAGGAGGAUCACUAGGAUUGGACAAGCUUGGUCACGUGGUAUGGUUGAGUCCAAUCGGGAAUGUUGACCCCAAAGGACUGAUUUACUCAGUGAAGACAGGAGAUAUCAUCAGAACUAAUAUAUAUGUCAUCGAGAGAAUGGUCAAAGAACAAGAAGUCAUUUCUCAAAAGCUGGGUCGUCAUAUUGAAGGGAUCACACUCAUCGUCGAUCUCGAUAACCUCAGCGCAAGUCACAUGUGGAAACCCGGUAUGGCCGUCAUGAUUGAGCUGUUCACAAUCAUCGAGGAGCAUUAUCCGGGUUUUAUUCAUCAGAUGUUUGUAGUCCGACCUACCAAGCUCUUACCGAUAGCCUACUAUCUCAUAAGGCCAUGCUUCACAGAAGAUACCAGAGAGAGAAUACAUGUGUUAGGAAGUAACUGGCGUGAGGUUCUCUUGAAGCACAUAGAUGCUGAGAUAUUACCUGUUCACUGGGGCGGUACUCUCACUGAUACAGAUGGGGUUCCUAACAUGUGCCCAAGUAAGAUCAACCUCGGGGGAAAGGUUCCUUCAUUCUUCUACAAAAAAGGAAGUGACCUCAAUCAUGAUGACAUGACCUUCAUGGAACUUCCGGGUAAAAGGUCAACUGAAGUCAAGCACAGAAUCUCGACCGCAGGCAGUAUCUUAAGUUACGAGUUCAAGACAGCGUCCAACGACAUUGCUUUCGGGAUCUACCGGUUGUCGGAAUCUGGAGAGAAGAUCUCUAUCUUAGAUGAGAAGAGGUAUAGCAGUCAUAUCAUACCGGAGGAUGGAGAAGUACUCUUUGAAGAACCCGGAUUGUAUGUGGUGAAGUUUGACAACCGCGGAAGUGCCUUCCAGAAAACACGCAAGUUGAGCUACUGGAUGGAGGUCAUUGAACCCAAAAUCGAACGAUCGUCAACAGGAGGCGCCUUCUUUAACAAUCCGAGAGAUAGUGGAUAUUAUCAAGAGAAUCAGUAUAUGACACCAACCGGACCUAAAUAAAAUCCCCUUUCUUAGCAUAAUCAAAGAGGACUGUAUAAAUGAUAAUAGUCCAGAACCUUCUUCUUUUUCUUCUCUCUGUCUCUAUUGGCCUCUCUCUCUCUCUCUCUCUCUCUCUCUCUCUAUAUAUAUAUAUACAUAUCUCCCACUCUCUCUCUCUGUGUCUCUCUUGCGCGCUCUGUUUCAGUAUAAUAUAUACUUGUUAUGUUAUGUGGAGGUUAACGGUUCCAAUCCCAGCGCGGCGUUCUAUUAUAAUGUUCUUUACCAAGGUAUCCGUCUUCAUUUGCCACUCUCCUCCCAGUUGUAAUUGGAUGCUAUAGAGCGCCACGUACAUCUUUCUCGCUCGGCUACGGUCGGAUAAAUGGAGUGCUAUUUGAAACAAUGUGACUGACAUUAGCUGUACUAAAAUGACAUUAUUUAUCGGUAGUGCUAUUAUAUCUUUGCUCGUAUAUAUAUAUUUGUAGGGUGCUCGAUCGGUAUCGGGAACUAUUAAGGAUAUCUUGCGUUUCAUAUUUCUAUCAUUUUCUGUAUUUAAAAUGUAAAUGUGAGAAAAAGUCUUCAAAAAACAACUGAAGGAAAGCAAAGACACUUUUCUACA